GAAAGAACAUUGCGGGGGCGGUUUCAGGAAGUGCCCGCACUGCUGUAAGAAAAUGGGAGAGGACCGGUCACAGGAAUAAGGAUGUAAAAUAAAACAGCAAUAAACAUAUACAAUUAGCUUAAAUUACUUUAUAGCGUGGAAAUGCCGAUCUUCUCUCAAAAUCGCAGGAUUGAGAGAUUAAGCGCGACUGAAAGUUUUUUUGCGAGGCAUCCGCAUUUACGGGACAGUGCCAGAGAGUUCCGUGCGAAGGGCUCCGUGAAUGUGGAGCCCCAGUGCCUCCUUUAUGUUCAGCAGAGGGAAUGUGCGGCCACCACACCGGCGGACAAGUCUGUCGGUGUGCUCGGCUCUGACGACGCGACAACCUGCCACCUGGUAGUACUACGUCACACAGGGAGCGGAGCGACUUGCCUUGCACAUUGUGAUGGAUCCAGCACAUGGAGUGAAGUGUCUCUGAUUGUGAAAGCUGUCAACGAUCUGAGUCGGGAUGCCAAUGAAGGCAGGUUGGAGCUGCAUCUUAUUGGGGGGUUUGAUGAUGACAGAAAAUUAUCACAACAGCUGAGCCUUAAUCUCCUGGCGGCCUUCCAGAAACAAAAAGAAGACAUUCAUUUGGUAACAUGCUGUAUUACAGAGCUGAACGAUGUUGUGAUCGAUGGGGUGCACAGGCCGAUAGUGUACGGAAUAGGAGUCAAUGUUAAAACUGGGGAUGUGUUUCCAGCUUCCUUUCCUUGCCGGGAACCUGCGGAGGAUCUGCGCUCAGCUCGAACCUUUACCGGUGGACAGAUGAUUGAAAUUUACGAUUCAAGUAAAGAAAUUGUGAAAAUCAGUCCAUGCAACUGGUCUCCCAGCAGUGAUUUCGCUUUCUGGCUUGCACAGGACGACGAUACCAUAUUGCAGUUUUUAUCCACAUCUCCUCUGGCUGAGCCACCACACUUUGUCAAGCAUAUAAAGUCAACCAUCAAAUUUCUGCUGGAGCACCCGAGCGCUGAUAGCUUAUUUCCGGGAGGGCAGCCUCAGCUCUUCCACAGGACAGAGAAGGGGGACUGGGAGAAGGUGGCUCAACGAUAGAGAUGUCUUUCCGUGGACAUGUAACAAUGAGCCUGGGAAUCAGUCGAACGCAGCGACUUCCUCUGCUGAACAUCUACACGUGUUGGUUUCCUUCAGAGACUGACAAUACCCUCCAGCAUUGGUUGAUGGCAUUAUUUACCCAGUUUGGGGGCCUCCAUAAAGUCUCUGUUAAUUACACCAGUGUUCACCCUAUUGCCCUUCUCUGUUGUGCAUUAUUUAUGGUCCAUGUUUGCAUAUUCAGUAGUAUAUUUAUAAAUUCCAUAUUCCUUGUAAAGUUAACAUGGAAGGAAUUUUAGUCAGAGAAUCCAUUAUGUGGUAUACAUGAUAUAUACUCUAUAUUGGAGUGGCUCUUACAUUCUCCAGUAAGAACAACAAAAGUAUGUGGUUUGAGUGAAUGUCUGAAAGGAUAAAAGAAUAUUAAGAAUAAUAAGUGCAUGGAGUAGUAAUGGCUACUGACAGAACUCUAGAAAACCAAGAAAGGAAAUUAGACAGGUUUGGCAGUAAAGGUAACAAAUGGGACCACAUUUAAUACAGUAAAACAUUUUGUUUUUCCGGAAAUCUUAGUAACAUAGUCAUUCUUAGAUGCUAUACCUUUAUCUUACUGAAAUAAUCAAAGUGGCCUUUGUUCAAUGCAAAUGACAGGAAAACAGUAAAAGAUGAGUUCAUACAAAAAUGUCACAGUAUUUAAUAGUUUAGUUUCCUUCGUUGAAGAAACAAUUACCUAGUAUGAAACGGAAGACAAUACCUGAAAGCACUUGAAGGUAUCAAGGAGAAUAAACCAAAUUGCGCUUCAUUAAAGUUGAGAACACUAAACCUUAACCACACCGAAUAUACUGAAAAUUAGUGGAGACACCAUAUGAGUAUUUUCCAUGCAACAUGCUACAGAAUUUUAGCUAGCCUGGCAUAAUUUGUGUUAGGUACAGAAAUAUACCAUAGGAUUUAUACUUAAUAUAUCAGUGCUAUCACUAUUUCAAUAUGAGGCACAGGGGAAUUGGCAAGUUUUCUUGGCAGUUCAUUUAACAGAAUAUAGAUAUGACAUUGCUGAGGAAUAUAUACUGCUAUGUACUGAAUAUCUACUACCAAUCAUCAGUAUUUAGACACUGAAGGCCUCUGGAAAUAUGAAUGUAUGCAAUAUUUUUGAAAAAUCUUAAUUCUUAAAAUGACACCUCGAUUAAGGCAAUAGCAGUGUUUUUAUUAUUAUAUACUUCAAUAUCCUAAUAUGUUUAAUGUUAAAAUGUUUUCUGGGUUUGUUUAUACAUACUGGAUUAUAGCAUUUAUAAGGAAUGUACAUGUAUAGAAUGUAUGGAAGAGAUGAAGUCAGUUUCAAGAGUUUCAGCACUUAUCAAUUAAGUGAACAUUUACCAUUUGGAAUUCUCUCCCUGAAAAAGCAACACAAAUACAAUGUACCAUGUGAUGAUGUGUUUUCAUAAAAAUAUAUUUCAGAA